AUGGUGACACGAUCGAGGCUCGUGCGAGUGCUGCAAUCGCCCGGCCGGCGAAUGGGCGCAAUUGGCGGUGCCAGACUUGCGCCCUGCUAUGCAAUUUCGCCUGCUCGAUGCUUUGCGACUUCGGUCCCGAGAUUGUUGUCUCAAUCACAAGCCGUCCAGCACCUUGCCAAACUCACGUCCGAGACGUAUCCGGGACUGACAAGAGACGCCAAAUAUGCGUCACUGACGGCGGAUGAUGUGGCUUACUUCAAAAACCUGCUUGGAGGCGAGCAGGCCGUGAUCGAUGGCACCACCGGCGGCGCAGAGGACGAUCUCAAGCCCUUCAACGAGGAUUGGAUGCACAAGUACCGAGGUCAAGGCCGUCUCGUGCUCAAGCCAGGGUCGACCGAGGAUGUCAGCCAGAUCCUCAAGUACUGCAAUGACAGGAAGCUGGCGGUGGUGCCGCAGGGAGGCAACACGGGUCUUGUUGGGGGCUCUGUGCCUAUUUUCGACGAGAUCAUCAUCAACAUGAGCCGCAUGAACCAGAUCCAUUCCUUCGACGAGGUCAGCGGCUCACUCGUGUUGGAUGCUGGAUGCAUCUUGGAGGUGGCCGAUCAGUACCUCGCUGAAAGGGGAUACAUCUUUCCCCUCGACCUAGGAGCUAAGGGAUCGUGCCAUGUGGGUGGUACAGUUGCCACCAAUGCUGGAGGCCUGAGGCUGUUGCGCUACGGCAGCUUGCACGGAAACGUCUUGGGCAUGGAAGCCGUCUUGCCAGAUGGCACGGUCAUGAACGACCUGUGUGCUCUGCGCAAGAACAACACGGGCUACGACCUGAAGCAGCUGUUUAUCGGUGGUGAGGGAACCAUUGGCAUCAUCACCAAGCUGGUCAUCCAGUGCCCGCAGCGCUCUGCCGCCGUCAACGUGGCCUACUUUGGCCUGGAGUCGUAUGAAAAGGCACAGCUUGCCUUCCGGGAGGCAAAGAAGCAGCUGGGGGAAAUCCUUUCUGCCUUUGAGCUGAUGGAUUCUCGGACCCAGCAGAUCGUGCACAAGAUCAAGGGUGAAGAGAGGCCUCUGGAGGGUGAACACCCCUUCUAUUGUCUUAUCGAGACCAGCGGCUCCAACGGCGACCAUGACUACGAGAAGCUAGAAAAGUUCCUCGAGGACGUGCUGACCAAGGAAAUCGUGAUCGAUGGCGUCGUGGCCCAAGGCGAGGGGCAGGCCAAGGCACUGUGGAGCUGGCGCGAGAGCAUCACCGAGUGCAUUGGCCACGGCGGCGGGGUGUACAAGUAUGAUGUCUCGAUCCCACUGGCCGAGAUGUACUCGCUUGUCGAGGAUGUCAAGGCGCGCAUGGGGGAGGCUGGCCUAAUCGGCGAAACCGAGGAGCACCCGGUAAGCGCAGUUGUGGGCUACGGCCAUAUGGGUGACUCCAACCUGCAUCUCAAUGUGGCCGUAAGACGCAUCAGCGCCGAGCAUGGUCUGGGGCUGGCCAAGAAGAAGUACGUGCAGUACAGCCGGAACGAGACUGUGAUUGGCCUGAUGAAGCAGAUUAAGAAGCUCUAUGAUCCGAAUGGCAUUAUGAAUCCGUACAAGUACAUUUGA